UGCACCACCUUACAAGCUCAAACAGCACUGAGAAACUCGAUACGCGAUUAUUGUAUCACAUCGCUUGGGUCUAGCGUUUCUUUCGCGUUUUGCUUGGACUGUUAACUUUUGUUUUCUAAGUGUGACUCGGUCCCAUCAUGAGUGUGAGUAUGACCUCAGAAAACGUCUUUCAUUCGGCGCUGCAGCCCAAUAUGACCGUCACUACUUACGCGGUACCGUCCGAGAACGAGCUCGCGCACGGCGGGACUCACGCAAAGGACGAGGCCAGAUUUAAGCGCCUCCACCAGCAGGUGUCCAUGAGACUGGCGGAGAAAUCAACGCUUCCGCGCCAGAACGGCUCUACUUCACAAUACGCAGCUUCAGAGUCUGGGAAUUAUUCAACAAUGACAAAAUAUCAGACACAAAACUUUACCCCAACUUUUAGCUCAAAAUCAUAUGUCUAUUCUCCUGGAAGACCAAUGAUGUCCCAACGUGCAUCGCAGUACUCCAGUGGCGGUUACUCGUCUCAUUCCGCUGUCGAUUUUGCCCCAAAAACUAAAAUGAGCUACACAGCUCGAGGUGGUGGUGGGGGAGGGGCCUACUACCAAGAAGAGCACAGCGGCGGCGGUUAUCAGGGAGGUGGUUUCCAGGGUGCCAGUUUCCACGGUGGUGGUUUCCAGGGUGGCCCGGUUCAACAGCAGCAGGUCAACUCAAUAACUCGUUCCUUCAGCCGCAUGGCGACCGACCCUGAGACUGCCUCGGUGCACUCCAUGCGCUUUGCAAGCUUGCCCCGCCAGGCUUUUUCUACCCUGAUGGCACAGGACGACAGCGACGGGAGCGGUUCCGAACGAGAUGCCGGCUUUGCACGUCAGGCUUCUGUUCACAGCAUGAGCAACGGCUACGUCGCCAACACCUACCCACGUCAUUCCAUGUACUCCACCACCAGAAUGAACGGAUAUGAAGGCGGACAGCAGCAGGUCAGUUCCAUGACGCUACCGGUCAUGAAGCGGUCCAUCAGUGGGACGCUCUCCAGUAGCGGGGGAGGUGGCGCCGUGGAACAGGAGGUCUACACUCGCCAGCAGUCUUUCAAAGGCCCAGCCUACCGCACCAUCAGCCGAAUCAACAAUCGUCAACAGAUGCGCGGGGCCGCUACUGGAAGCAUGCAUGGAAGCAGCGCUGGACAGUUCAGCGGUUCUCAGACCAAUCUGACCAUGUCACAAGGAAGACUCUCACGUGCUGGCUCUAUGAGGAGUGUGCACAGUGUUGGGAGGGGCAUGGAUGUGUUCGAUGGCAUGGAUGUGGUCGAAGGAAUGGGACACCUUAGCGGACUCGAAAGCCUGGACAUGCCUACUGCCAUGAAUUAUCUUGAUCAGAACGAUCCUGAUCUUCAGAUGCUGGGAGCUGCCUACAUCCAACAUGAGUGUUACCAUAGCACCGACUCAAAGAAAGCUGUUUUCCAGAUGAAGGGAAUUCCUCGUCUAGUGAAGCUGUUUAACACCGGCAAUGAGGAGGUGCAGCGCUACGCCACCGGUGCCACAAGGAACCUCAUCUAUGAGAACAUGGAGAACAAAGUGGCUCUCAUUGAAGCCGGUGGCAUUCCCAAACUUGUAGAAGCACUCAAAGAGCAAGAUGAUGAGCUGCGCAAGAACAUCACAGGUAUCCUAUGGAAUCUCUCGUCUAAGGAUAACCUGAAAGAGAAAUUGGCACGGGAAACUCUUCCUGAAUUGACCGAGAAGAUACUAAUUCCCCUCUCGGGCAGCGGUGAUCCUGAUUAUAUAGAACUGAACUCCUCAGAGAAAGAAAUCUUCUUCAACACCACUGGAUGCCUCAGGAACUUGAGCUCAGGGAGUGAGAGAACCAGACAGCAAAUGAGGGAUACCAAUGGCCUGGUGGAUGCUCUGGUUCAAUAUGUUCAGAAGUGCAUGGUGGACAAUAAAACAGAGGAGAAGGGUGUGGAGAAUGCUGUAUGUGUUUUGCGGAAUCUAUCCUUUCAGGUGUACAAUGAGAUCCCCCCGUCAACUCAAACACGAUUGGAGGGUCCCACUCGUUCUUCAGGUUCUUCAAAGGGCGAACCUAUCGGCUGUUUCACCCCUCAGAGCAAAAAGGCCAAAGAUAGACAAAAUCAGGACCUCACAACAUUUGCAGAAGUGUCAAAGUAUCCGAAAGGUAUGGAGUGGCUGUGGCACCCUCAGAUCUUGGAAUUGUAUAACCAGGUGCUGCAGCGCUGUGAGAUCAACAGCACGACACGAGAAGCGGCAGCCGGAGCCCUCCAGAACAUCACUGCUGGAGACAAGAGGUGGGCGUCCAUCUUGAGUCGCAUCGCGUUAGAUCAGCAAAGGAUGUUGCCCACCAUCAUUGAUCUGUUGAGGACCGACAGCGACACGGAACUCCGCUCUCUCACCGGCCUCCUAAGGAACCUCUCCCGCCACGCUAAAAACAAAGACGAUAUGGCCACCAAAGUAGUCCAGCACUUGAUUCCCAAACUGCCCUCCGACGGACGCCAGAAGAGCCCAUCAAGUGACGUGGUGGUGAACAUGUGCGGUGCUCUCAACAACCUAGUGACCGGCAGCAGUUUGGCAGCAAGAGAUAUCUCCUUCUUCGAUGGAUUAGCCAAGCUGGUUGGCAUCAGGAGCAAUAAUGAUGGCAGUCCUGGCAAACUAAAGGCUGCCAAAGCUGCGGCGACGGUACUGAACAACAUGUUCCAGUACAAGAAACUACACAAAGAUUUCAAAAGUAAAGGGUUUCAGAAACAAGACUUUGUAGAAGGGGCCAUGUAAAACAAUCUUCAGCUGCGUGGUUAAUACAUCUAUCAUCAUUUUGAAUUUUGAAGACAUUUUAUUAAAAACAAUAUAUAACAGCAGUUCCGCUAAAGAAAAUGGUCCUGGGAGGAUUAAAAGACACCACAACAUGAAAAACAAAGUUGUGAAAAAUGAAAAUAUGUACAAGACUUUAUUGCCCGAAUGCACCUUUCUUAUUUGCUUUUCUGCUUGAUAGCGAUUUUUCAAAAAAUCCUCAGGGAUUUGUUGUUUUGUAUAUCCUACUGUUGUGAUUUUGUAGAUUUACAGGAACACAGACUAGUCAUGAUAAGAUCACUCAUUUUACUACUGUGCAUUUUUAUAUAGUUGGUAGGAAAGACAUUAAACAGGAAAAUCAUAAACGGAAAUUGUAAUGGUUUUACAAAACGAUGGACAGAUUUUUGCUGUUUGGUUAGUCAUAACAAAUGUGCUAGAUGUUUAAAAUCUGGGUUUGCUAUAGUUCUGAUGCUUUGCAUGUACAAAUAAGCUUCGUAAGUAAAAUUAUAUAGCAUUAUUUCCUGUGCAAAUAAUGAUAGUUUUUAAAUGAAUUUUGUUUGAGAACGAAUGUUUGAAUGUAUAUGUUGUGUGAUUGCAUUAAACCCAUAGUCUGACAGGGUCACGGCUGCCAUCCGCUUUCCACAGAGUUGUCUUUAUAGAAACAUUGAGUAUAUUUGAUAGAAAAUACAUUAGGAUGGUGUAGUGAGAUAUAAUUUGACAAAUUAAUAUGGAUUUUUUUAAUGCUGUUCACAAAAGUGCAAAACAGAAGUGUUAAUACUUGGCAGUAACAAUGUACAUCUUCAUAUUUUCUUAUAAGAGAUCUUUAAGAGAAUUUGAAUGUCUUUUGUUUUAUAGAUGUAAGUGUUUGGUGCAAUAUGUGCAUUCAUUUGACAGUAAGCAACUUUACCCAUAUAAGUAGUGUUAUUUUUGUAUGAUCUUUUUUAUUAUGGUAAUUAAAUGUUGAAUGUUA